ACCAUUAAACCCCGGCGCAGGGCAUGACGUCGGCACGCACGUAAACAUUUUGUAACUAAUAAUGGCAGCAUCAUUGGUCAGGAUUUUCUCCAAGUCGUGCAGACAGAUCUCUCGACCAUGGGGUGCAAGCCAGGCUGGAUGGAGGAGCAGGUCCACCAACCCUGCUGCAGAUGUGUCCCCAGACCAGGCAGCUGGUGCGGUCUCAUUUCCUCCACUUCAAACGUAUUCAGAGGAGGAGAGCAUGAUGAGGGAAGCAGUUAAAAAAUAUGCACAAGAGCGCAUUGCUCCUUUGGUGUCGAAGAUGGAUGAAAACUCUGCCAUGGACGAGGAAGUGAUAAAAUCUCUUUUUGAACAGGGUCUCAUGGGCAUUGAGGUUGACCCAGAGUACAACGGCACCGGCUCCAAAUUCUUCUCCUCCAUUCUGGUCAUUGAGGAGCUGGCGAAGGUGGACCCAUCGGUGGCUGUACUCUGUGACAUCCAGAACACGCUGAUCAACACUCUGUUUGCCAAACUCGGUACAACAGCUCAGAAAGAGCAGUACCUCAGCCGCCUGUCAACUGACAUGGUCGGAAGCUUCUGCCUCUCCGAAGCAGAGUCGGGAAGUGAUGCCUUCUCUCUGAAGACGCGUGCUGAUAAACACAAGGACUAUUACAUCAUCAAUGGAUCCAAGUUGUGGAUCAGUAAUGCAGAGCAUGCGGGGGUUUUCUUAGUGAUGGCAAAUGUCGACCCCUCUUCUGGAUACAAAGGGAUUACCUGCUUCAUAGUGGACCGGGACACAGAGGGGCUUGAGAUUUGCAAGAAGGAGAACAAGCUCGGCCUUCGUGCGUCGUCCACCUGUCCGCUCAACUUUGACAAUGUCAAGGUACCAGAGAAGAACAUUUUGGGGCAGAUCGGCCAGGGUUACAAGUAUGCUAUUGGAAUGUUGAAUGAGGGCAGAAUUGGAAUAGCCGCUCAGAUGAUUGGUCUUGCACAGGGUUGCUUUGAUAACACUAUUCCUUACACCAGACAGAGAGUGCAGUUUGGAAAACGCAUCUUUGACUUCCAGGGCAUGCAGCAUCAAAUAGCGCACGUGGCAACGCAGAUUGAAGCCGGCCGGUUGCUGACGUACAACGCUGCUCGUCUGAAAGAAGCGGGAAGGCCUUUCAUCAAGGAGGCUUGUAUGGCUAAAUACUUCACUGCAGAGGUUGCAACCCUAACAACAUCUAAAUGCAUCGAAUGGAUGGGAGGGGUAGGCUUCACCAAAGACUACCCCAUAGAGAAAUAUUACAGAGACUGUAAAAUUGGGACUAUUUAUGAGGGCACGACAAACGUCCAGCUAUCUACGAUGGCUAAGUUCAUUGACAAAGAGUAUGAUAGCUGAAACCAACCGACUGGAGCCGGAUGGAUUGCAAACCCGUGUUACACUCUGUAUGCUUCCCCUCAAAUGACUUUUGGGAAUGCAUUGCUGUAGAUAUGCAUUCGUUUGUUAGCAAUAUCACCAAUGUUUUCUCUAAACAAACGUUAAGAAGUAAGCAUCACUUAUGUUACUGAUGUUGUGGUUAAAUUUCUCAAUCUAUUAGUUGAAAUUUUCUCUGAAACAACGUUUUCUUUUUUUAAAUUACAGACCUUUCCUAAAGCCUAGAAGCAACUUGAUGUUUUUUAGCGCUGUGCCGCUUCUCUCUUGUUCGUACUGUUGUUUCUUCUGCUUAUUACUAUAUAGUGACAAUUUAUGAAUCAUGUUCGCACAACAUAACCGAUCCAUGAGAUGCAACAUGGAUCGGUUAUGCAAUAUUUCAAUUUGGGUUUUAUUUGAAUGUUUCAGUGCCUUCCUAGACUGAGCCCACUUAAUAUAUUGUCUUCGCAGGCGCUCGUACAGAUGAAUUCUAACAUUUACUUCACUUUUUUGCUCCAUUAAUACUGUAAAGUAGAGUGGAAAUAAUUUUCUGGAUCUUUGAGCAAUUUAUCAUUAAUCAUUAAUCUUCCAAUAAAGAUGAAGUACGAUGUCGUGCAA